CUCUCAUACUCGUCUGCCUCAUAUUUUCAUUCCAAACCUAAAACGUCGUCAUAGUUCAAGUCGCCUUCGUACGACUAGGUGACUUGUGUGCUAGUACGGUUUUUUCCCCCAUUCGUCUGGAGCUCGUCGUAUAGUCGAUAUAGGAUGGGUUCGACAGUGUUGGUCGGAACCUCUUUAUCCGCGCUCGGUAACAGUCGCACAGCCGCCAGUCUGCGACUCUCCUCACUUUCUUGCGUCGCCUGCGAUUUACUUCUCGCUUGCUCGUCUCGUCUUCGCUUAGGUAGCUCCGCUGGUAGCGGAUUUCCCAUCUCUGUAUCCGACAGGCACCGGACACCGCUCUUACGGCGUCGAAAAAGAACCGUUCCUCAAGCGAUCAGUCAGCUGCGGAACGACGGACACGUGGCGUCCAAUAAUAGGCCGUCGACAGAUGGACAGAAAGGACCCGCCACCCUUAGGGUGGCGGAGUCGCAGCCUGACGGAGUUAUCGGCCGGGGUCGAAAUGCUAAUAGCAGUUCUUUAGCUCGUAACGUUCGUGUUGAUAGCACUGCUGCAGUGGCGUUUGUUGAUUCGCCGAGCGAGGAGGACACGAGUCGCGAGAAAGACGGAAAAGCGGUCUCGGAUGGCGUGGUGCUGACGUGUACUACGUUCAACAUGCUCGCGCCUAUUUUCAAGCGGAUCAACAGAGAGGGCCAGAGAGAGAGCGAGUUCCGGGAGCUGUGGCUUCCGCGAAGCGAGCGAAUUCUGGAAACCCUAGUGGCGACGGGCUCGUCCAUCGUGUGCCUGCAGGAGUGCUGGCUGUCGCACCCCGAGUGGGUCCGCCUCUUCGACUCCGCUCUUGGCGCUGCUGGUUACCGCACACUGAAGCUACCGCGCACCAACAACAGAGGAGACGGCCUAAUGAUCGCCGUGAAGAACGAGCAGUGGCGCGUGGUGGACUACCAGCAGCUGCUCUUCCACGACUGUGGCGAUCGUGUGGCUCAGAUCGUCCGGCUGAGAUCCAAGGGGCGGCUGGGGGGAAAGAAAGAGGGAGAGGAGGGCGGGCAGGAGGAGCAGCAGGAGGAGGAGGAAGACCUGCUGGUGGUGAACACGCAUCUCCUGUUCCCCCACGACGCCAACUCGAACAUCAUUCGCCUCUGCCAGGUGUACAAGCUCUUGGAGCGAGUGGAGCAGUGCAGAUCAGAGCAGAGUGGCAGACCCGCCCCGGUUAUCCUGUGCGGUGAUCUGAACGGCACCAAGGAGGGCAACGUGUACAAGCUGCUGCGCUCACAGGGCUUCCUCUCCUCCUAUGACACAGCACACCAUCUCAAUGACGUGGAUGAAAAGGUAGAUGACGUGGAUGAGAAGGUAGCUGACGUGGAUGAGAAGUGGGUGAGCCACCGCAGCCACAGAGGAGAUGUGUGCGGGGUGGACUAUGUGUGGAUGCUCAACGCCAGCACGCCCAUGAGCAACCCCGUUUUAAACUGGCGGAAAGCAGUGUUCGGGUUAAUCAAGUCGAAGCUUCUAGCAGCAGGAAUCACGGACGCGCGCCACGCCUUUCAAUUCUUUGCCACAGCCGGCGACACCUCCCCCUACGAGCACACCGUGUGCUUCACCGACCCAAACGCCACCGGCGCUGUUGACAUCAGCGUGGAUUACGGGCGGCAGCAGGGUGAUACCAAUGCGAUCGAGAAGAGUGAGAGUGAGAGUGAGAGUGGUGAGGAGGAGGACGAGGAGGCGUGGCGCUUCUACGACAGUGACGAGGAGGGCAGGGAGAGGCAGGAGUGCUGCAUCACUGCGUUCACCAUUGAGGACUUCCAGCUGGCUGUGGCGCAGCUGGGGCUAACCGGCGACAAUUCUAUUGGCCUGACAGAAGUUGAGGUGAUGGAGCUAAUGCAGGGGGCGGACACGGACGGGGACGGGUGGGUGGACUUCAACGAGUUCCAGGACAUGUUUCAGCAGCCCACGUGGGACUCCAGGGUCGACACUCUUAAGCAGUCCAUGGCUGCUUCCCUUGCUGCCUCCCUCGCCGCCACCUCUGCGACCUCCUCUGCUCCUGCCUCUGCAUCUGGCUCUGCUUCUGCCGCUGCUGCCUCUGUCGCUUCUGCAACUGCUGCUGCCACUGCUGCCACUGUUACCAGUGCCUCUCGCACUUCGUCCUCAGCACCUUUGUCUUCGUCUUCAGUGUCCAGCAGAAAUCUAAGUGGCUCGGUACAACAGGAGAGCCAGCAGCAGCAGCGGUGGGAGGAGAAGGAGCAGGCAGUGCUGCAGGGGGAGCAGCCGUAUUGGGAGAGUCGCAGGGGAUUGAAUGUGGAGGGUGAAGCCGCACAAAGGAGCAACCACUGCAGAGAUGGCAGCAGCAGCGCUGGUGCUGAUGCUGAUGCUGAUGCGACAAGGGCAAGUGGAGGAGAGGAAAUGGAGCGGGUGGGGAGUGGAAGCCAUUUUUUCGGCACUAACGCAGGAGGAAGCGUACCGGAAGGGUUGGGUGCAGUCGAGGAGUGUGAAAUAGAGCCGAGCAAUAGAGGAUUGAGUUUGUCUGUGUUGAAGGCUUCACUGUUCCCACCUGAGAUGGAGGAGGGGAGAUGGCCGGAGGAAUACACCUUGUCUGACCAUGCCGUGCUCACUGUGAUGUUUGGGAGGGAAAGGGAAGAGGUAAGGGAGUAACGUUUGUGUGGUAGAGAGGCGAUGUGAAAUGCUGAAAUUCAUGAUUAUUUUGUUUCUGGAGGCAGUUGAACCGAAUGGCAUGCGGCAAUGUUGCUGCAUGCAAUGUACUGGUAUAUGAGAAGAUGGAAGUCGUUAGUUACAUUUUGUUG